AUGGCCAAACGAAAGGCUGAAGGGGCGACUCCUCCCCAAUCGCCUACUAAGAAGGGAAAGUCCUCGGCCGGAUCGAUACCGACUGAUUUCAGGCCUUUUUUCCGAGUGGGACUGUUGGACGAGGCUGUUGAAGGCAAAUACCGAAGCGAAUAUGCUUCUGCAGAACCGUUUGUCAUCCUAGAAAAUCGGGGUUUUAUUUUGCGCUUUGUUCUGUUUGAGGCUGAAUGGGAGACGCAUAGGUACAAGCAUGCCGUGAUCCACGGCCUGAUCGACGAUUCUUUGCUUCGUAAGGUUCGGGAAGAGGUACUCAAAAACGUCGAAUUCACGCCAAAGGAGACCGACAUCUAUCGUAUUCAUCAAUCUGGUGAUCUAGCUAACCUCGACGGCCUUCCUAAAUCUGCUCUUAAACUUCUUCCAUCUCUCCGCCAGCUCCGCGACUCUCUCUACUCCAAGCUUUUUAGGGACUACAUUCGUGGGAUCACUGGGUGCGGGCCACUUAGCGGAAGGAAGACCGAUAUGGCUAUCAAUGUCUAUACACCUGGUUCUCAUUUGUUGGCCCAUGACGAUGUAAUUGGGUCUCGCCGUGUGUCAUAUAUCUUAUACUUAACCUCACCUGAUGAUCCAUGGCAGCCUUCCUGGGGUGGGGCUUUAAGGUUAUAUCCGACGAGAGUGGCCGAGGAUGGUGUCACGAGGGUUCCGGAGCCGGAAUGGGCCAAAGCUAUUCCGCCUGCUUGGAAUCAAUUAAGUUUUUUUGAGGUGCAACCUGGCCUGAGCUUUCACGAUGUCGAAGAGGUAUACACUCCAAAAGGCGAAGAUGAGCGGGUUAGAAUGGCUAUUAGCGGAUGGUUCCAUAUCCCCCAAGAAGGCGAGGAGGGCUACAUUGAAGGUCUUGAGGAAGAACUUGCUGAAAGGAGCUCCUUACAGCAAUUGCAAAGCAAGAGUGAUAUCUUUGAUUAUCCUAAACCUCUAGAGACCAAGAACGGCCAUGGGGAAGAUGUGGAGGAACAAGGCGAAGGCGAAGAAGGCAGUGCAUCACUGACUGAGAAGGAUCUAGACUUCUUGCUCGGCUUUAUCGCUCCUACUUACCUUACCCCUGAUACCCUGGAAAGUCUGUCUGAUGCUUUUGCCGAGGAUUCUUCUGUCCAGAUCGCGCAGUUCCUUUCUAAAUCGUUUGCUAGGAGGCUUAAGGAUUUUGUUAAAGCUCGUGAUGCUAAGCAAUACUCACCAGAAAACUCGGAAGGCUGGAAAAUUGCCAUACCUCCACACAAGCAUCGCUAUCUCUACCUUCAAAAACCCCCGGCUAAGAAUGGGGUUAAUCCUGACGAGCUCAAUCCUAUAGAGCAAUUGCUUACUGUUUUGCUUCCUUCUAGACCUUUUGCUAAGCUGCUACAACUUGCUACAGGUCUCAAAAUUACUGCUGGGGGUUUUCUUGCAAGGAGGUUUCGUAGAGGUUUAGAUUAUACUCUUGCAACCGGUGCAGGUGGAGAUGAGGAUGACGGCGGCGAGGAGGAAGACGGAGAGGGGGAAGACUCGUCCCCAGGAGCUGGAUUGAAAGUCGAAGUCUGUCUUGGAAUUACCCCUUCAAAAGGCUGGGGCGGGGAGGAUGACGAAGACGAAGAUGAGGAAGAGGAGAGGGCGAAGAAUGGCAGGUCGAAGGGGAAAGACAAGGUUAAAGUUCCCAGACGUAGCAAAUUCGACGACUCGGAAAAGACCGUUGGCGGCUAUGAAAUGUAACCACUCCCCACUCCUGUUUUACCUUGAUCUCUCCCGGAUACUGAUAUUUCCAAACAAUAAAACAAGGUACAUGGCCGGUGACUCUGACUCUGACUCGGAUGAAGAGGACGACCCUGAUCAAGCAUUCAAAAGCAAUGGGAAGAGAAAGAAGGCUGAUCCAGCCAUCUACCGCUCCAGCCGCGGCAGCGAGGACGACGGUAUACUGUUCACUAUGCCAGCUAGUUGGAACCGCCUAGGGAUCGUUCUCAGAGACACGGGCGUCCUCCGGUUCGUCAAGUAUAUUAGUAAAAGCGCUGCGGGCGAUCGAUGGGACGUAAUUGGCGAAUGGGGAGUGGGCGAUGAUGGCGAAAAUGGUGAAACAGAGCAGUGGCUGGGGAUUCAGAAUGCAGCGGACGACGGCGAUGAUGCCGAGGUGGAGGGGGCAGAUGAAGAAGCGGGUGGUGGUGGUGGCGAAGGUGAGGGGCAGAAUGGAAGUGAUAGUGCGAGUGGGAGUGGGGGAGCAUGAUUCAAGCCGCGAGCGAUACAAAAGUUUAGUUUAUUUUUCAACUAUUAAUUGGCCGUGGCGUUGUUGGAGGGUUGAGUAUGCGGGCUGAUGGGUUUUUCAUGUUGAUGAGAUUGUAGUACUGAUCUUUUGGAGGUGUGCUGCGGGACGAAGUAACGUAGUGCGUGAAGGCACGUUCUCUUGGAUAUCAAACCGAGCAAUCAAUACAGGGCAGAACUAUUAUAGCAAAU